GCCUAACGUUUCGGCCCUGAGGUACCCGGCCUGGUGGCCCCAGGACGUUCCUGUCGCAUGGCGGAGUGCUGCCUACGACGCCCAUGAAGCCCUUAGUCCUUCUAGUUGCGCUGUUGCUAUGGCCUUCGUCCGCGCCGGCAUUUCCGAGCAUAACUGUGACACCCGACGAAGAACAAAACUUGAAUCAUUACAUAGAAGUUUUACAGAACCUCAUACUAAGUGUUCCUACUAGGGAGCCAGGCUAUGUGAAAAACUUAAAGGCUCCAAAAAAUGUUGAUUCUGUAAGAUCCAAGGUAUCAAAAUUUAAGGAGAUAAUUACUCAGGGAGAUACUUCAACUGAGAAUGAUGUUUUAAUCAAUCCUAUCAGUGAAGAAACUACAGCUUUCCAUACUACAGGCUUAACACUGGAGAUGGAGAAAAAAAAAAGUACUGAGUCUACACCAUUCUGGUCCAUCAAACCAAACAAUGUCUCUGUUGUUCUACACACAGAAGAGCCUUAUAUCGAAAAGGAAGAGCCAGAGCCAGAGCCAGAACGAGUUGUGAAACAAACUAAGGCACUGACAUCAUUGCCAAAUGUUACUCAGUCAUCUGUCACCUCAGAAAGAACAUCAGGUCGGACCACUGAGUUGGAGAUCCGCACAGAACCAGAAGAUGUUCCUCAGCUCUCAGGUGACUCUGAAAUAGAAGAGCCAACAUUUGAAAAAUACUCAGAUAUUUUGAAAAGUGAAGGCAUUUUGAAAAAAAUUUCAGAUCUUAGUUCACAGGUGCGAAAGGGGCCUCUUGGUGAUAGCAGCAACCCAGAAUAUAGAGAGUACAUUAAAGCCUCUAAAGAGCACUUAAAACGAGGUCUUGCUCUAGCAGCAGCAGCAGAACAUAGAUUAACAAAUAUGUACAAAUCCAGGCUCUUUUCGCAAGGACUAUCUCAUAAUGAAAUUGAUGACAUUAAAACUAUUAUUAACAUGUUAUAUGAGUCCAGAUAUAAAUUAUCUGAAUAUUUAAAUAUUAAAUAUGUACCAGCAGAGAUGAGAAUAAAAGCUACAGCAGUGAUUGAUACAUUGAAAAAAGCAUUAUGUGUAGAUCCCAUAGAAACGCAAAGUCUUCUUCGAAAGUUAGUUAACAAUAAUAUAAAAAUGUUAAACCUACUUGAUAUUCCAUGACAAAGUUGCCUUAAGCAACACAGGAGAAAUAAACAUAUUCAUGAUCUCAA